GAUUUCUUUAUUCAAGAUAUAAAUGCAGGAUUAAAGGAUGAAAUGGAAAAUCCUGAACAAUUAGUUCCAUUUUCUUCUCUAUCUGAAGAACAGUUGGAAAACUUAAUUAAGAAAUUGAGAAAAGCAAGUGAAGGCUUGAAUUCUACACUUGAAGAUCACAUUAUGUCCCAUCCAUCAUUAAAUGAUGCCCUUAAUGACCCUAAAAAUGGUGAUUGUGCAGUCAAGCACCUAAAACAGCAGGCUUCUAUUUUAGGUAACAUUGAAAAAUUAAAGUUACUUGGUCCAAGAAGAUGCUUUGUUGAGUUUGGAGCGGGAAAGGGGAAAUUAUCUCACUGGGUUGAUAUUGCCUUAAAAGAUGCUGAAAACGUUCACUUCCUCCUGGUAGAAAAAGUGACCACAAGAUUCAAG